AUGCCCACCGAACUAGAAGAGAAACUUGCGCGAUCAUGUGAAAACCUUCUUGGAUUCUCGAUAUCACAGCCCUCACUUUUUAAGGUUCAUCAGCUUUUGCCAGUGCGCGACCUUAAACUGCUUGUUCGGGAUUAUGCUCCCAUUGCAAAAAAUGCAUUGACAAUCUUGAUAAACCUUUCCGGGGACGAGGAAGUUCUUAAAGAAUUAGCGGAAGAUGACGCUUUUCUGGAAACCCUAUUGGGCAAAGUAACGAGCAAAAAAGAAUCAAACGUCAACGAAAUCACUAUGCUCCUCGCCAAUCUUGCCAAAUCAGAAAGUUUCAAACGCAUAGUAAACCUAACCCGCAGCGUGCCGAAGGGUGUUUCCGACUCCCCCAAAGCCCUCGACCAAUUAAUGGACUGUUUCAUCAAGGGGCAGAAUGGGGGUAUCAACAAAGCCGCUGACUCUGACUAUGACUACCUAGCCUACCUUUUCGCAGACAUAUCCAAGUUUGAAGAAGGCAGGGCCUACUUCACGACUAAACAGGACUACGAUUCUGUCAUUCCCAUCACCAAACUCACCGUUUUCACUGAACACCGCAGCCACAUCCGCAGAAAGGGUGUAGCAUCUACACUAAAAAAUAUCUCAUUCAGGAUCAAAUCGCAUCCGCAACUGCUGGCUGAGUCAGAUGUUAACAUCCUCCCUUAUGUACUGCUACCUCUCGCGGGACCCGAGGAGUUCACGGAUGAAGAGAGCGCGGCGAUGUUGCCGGAUCUACAGCUCCUGCCACCAAAUAAAGAGCGGGAAUCUGAUAAGGAUAUCAUAUCUACCCAUCUAGAAACAUUGCUUCUACUAACAACAACGAGAGAGGGGAGGGACCUGAUGCGGGAGGUGAAAGUGUAUCCGAUUAUACGGGAGUGUCAUUUGCAUGUUGAUGAUGAGGGGGUGCAGGAAGGGUGCGAUCGAUUGGUGCAGGUGCUUAUGCGAGAUGAGGAGGGCGAGGGGGGUGCGGAGGAGGAAGCAAUGGCGAAGGCUAGAGCGGCAAUUGAAGAUAAUGUUGAUGACGACGCGGAGAUUGUUGAGUUGUUUUGA